CAUCACCACUAUAAAAUCUCUCCCUCCACCUCUCUCUCUCUCUCAAAUCGCUUUCUCUUUCUAAAAUUCCUCACUCUAAAAGAGAACCUCAGAACCAGCUGCGAGGUGAGCGCUUUUCAACAGAUUUUCCGCUUCUUCUUCGGAGACGCAGAGAUGCAUAAUAAGGACGCUUGCUCCCCCUCCGCCAACGGCGGAUUCGGCGCCGUCACCGCCGGUCAAAUUUCGUCACCCGGCGGCGUCUACAGCUCACUGUACUCGGCCUUGUCGAACGACAGCAUUGCGUCACUCUCCGCGAACGGCGGUGGCGUUUCGCUGUAUCCGUACUCCGAGUCAACUCAGUACGACUCGGGCGUGAUUCAGAAGCACCAGGACAUGGUGAACCGUCACAGCAUGUGCCUGAGUCGCCUCGUGGAGACUUCGAAAGAGGUGGAGGCUCUGCGGCAAGAGAACGGCCAGCUCCGCGCGGCGAACAAGGAGCUGCAGAAGCAGCUGCACCUCGUCAUCCAGGCCUCGCUGGAGAACCAGUAUGAACUGAUUAGGUGCCUAGAAAAAUCAGACUUAUGA